AUGUUGAGAAGGACCCCGGGUUCUGCCACAGAUCAGAGAGAACCAGCCAUCCGCCACGGCCCCUGGGCAUCCACUGCACCCACAAAUCCACCUUUGGAGAACUGUCUAGACUCAGAACGGUGCGGACCCCAGAGGACAGGGAAUAGAAUGGCCGCCAUUUUCCCAAUGGAAACAUUCAUGGUCAGAGAACUCAGGCUGACAAGGACCUGGCAGUCUCUGCCUCUGCCCUUGUGGAGGCCAAGGGGCCUGGGCGAAGAAGGCCAGGCUACUCCUGUGCAGAUGAGAGACAUCACAGGUCAGGUCUGCAGGAUUGAGACUCAGGCACAGCUGCUGAAUGCACACAGCCACGAACCCCCGGCCACCAGCAAACCUACCAGGGGAAGAUUCUGUGAGAACCAAAGCUUCAUCGAUCAGGUCAUCGAGUAUCUCCAGGACACCGUGAGCAGGGAGGAGCUGCGGCACGUGCUGAAGGAUGAUGACGCAUGGGAGGCAGCCGUGGCCAAGGCUGAGUUGUCCAGGGAGGAGGCUGAUGAGCUUCGUGGUGUUCUGAAGAUGCUCACAGAAGACGCAGAUGAUGAUGAUGAAGAUGAGGAUGAGAAGGAUCUGCAGGAUAGGAAGAGGUUUUUGGAAGAAUUUCCCCGGGUUAGACUGGAGCUUGAGGAGCGCAUGAGAAAGCUCCGCGACCUUGCCGACAGGGUUGACAAGGUGCACAGGGAUUGCACCAUCUCCCACGUGGUGGCCGGCUCCACAGGCGUGGUCUCUGGGGUGCUGACCAUCCUUGGCUUGGCUCUGGCUCCUGUGACAGCAGGGGUCAGUCUGGCACUGUCUGCCACCGGGAUGGGGCUGGGAACCGCAGCCGAUGUGGCUAGUGUUGCCACGCGUGUUGUAGACACAUCAACCAAGUUGUCCGCUAAAGCGGAAGCCAGCUCUCUGCUGUCAACCGAAGUGGAUAAGGCCAAAGUUGUUGCCUUAACUCAGAAUUGCUUCCGAGACCUGCCACGCCUUCAGAGGAACAUCCGAGCCGCGAAUCUGGCCAAAGCCAACCCUUGCUUAGCGGCCAGCGCCAAGCGUCUCAUGACCACUGGGAAAAUCUCGGCCCGAAGCACUGAGCAGGUGCAGAAAGCCUUCGGAGGCACCGCGCUGGCAAUGACCAAAGGAGCCCGGGUGAUGGGUGCGGCCACUGCAGGUGACUCCCUUCUCAUGGAUGUCAUCAACCUUGUGAAGGAAUCCACACAUUUGCACCAGGGGGCGAAGACCGAGUCUGCUGAGGAGCUGCGGCGGCAGGCUCUGGAGCUGGAGAGGCGGUUGGAGGAGCUCAUCCGGGUCCAGGAGAGUCUGCAGUCGGCCUGA